AUGCGCCUCCACCCGCUCACGUUCAUCGCGUCCGCAGCCCUUGUCACCUUCACGGCAGCAGAAGCCCACCAAUCCACGACCACUACUCAACUAUGGACUUCCAAGCUCGACACCCCCAUCAAAAGGCUCUUGAGAGCCCACAGGACGACCGACGACGAAGAGAGGGGCAUCACCGCCUCGGGCGUUGAGACGCUGGCCAAUACAUUGAAGUCGACCACCAACAUCGAUGACGAGCUCAAGGCCUUGGUCGCCAAGGGCGAGUCCGCGGACGACGCGUUCAAGCUGCUGACGCUGGACAAGGCCGCGGACGACCUCCUCAGCAACCCCAAGCUACAGUCCUGGAUCAGCCACCUGGAGCUCUUCAACGAGCAGAACCCCAGCAAGAAGACGACGUUGAUUGCGACGUUGACUGCUCACUAUGGCGACGAAGCUUUGACCAGGAUUAUUGAACAGGGUAAGCGCGUCGCCAGCACCGAAGCCACGGCCAACCGCAUCCAGGCCAAGCAGUUCGAAGCCUGGCUUGCUGGUGGGCAAUCCGCGGACGACGUCUUCAAGCUGCUGGCUCUGGACAAGGCAAAGGAGGAGCUUAUCGGCAGUCCGCUCCUGGACUCGUGGCUCGGCUACAUGAAGUUCUUCAACAAGGAGAAGCCCAAGAAGCAAACGAGCUUGAUCUCGACACUAGCGGCUCACUACAACGAGUUCGAAUUGGCUGAGAUGAUCGGUUCGGCUAGGAAGGUGCCGAGCACGGCGGUCUUCGCCGAUCGGCUGGAGACCGAGCAGGUCUACCGCUGGAUUGAGACGGAGGCAACCAGGACGCCGGACGAUAUGUACACGAUGUUGAAGCUCGACAAGGCCACGACGAACCUUUUCGAACUGCCUCAAGUGACGGCCUGGAUGAAGUACAUGGCCGCUUACAACAACAAGAACCCGAAGGAAAAGGUCUCGUUUUUGAAGUCAUGGGAGUAUGUUGUUGAGGACGAAAAAGAGGUGUGGAAACUAGUCGACUCGCCGUUGAGGAAAGCCUACAACGACGAAGAGCUGGUCACGAUGCUGAUCGCGGCCAAGAAGGUCCCGAGUACCGAGAAAAUGGCAAGACGUGUGCAAGCCGAGCUGACCCAGAGCUGGAUGAAAGACCCGAAGAACCACUUGCCUGACGACAUUUUCGAUCUGCUGAAGCUGACCGACAAGGAGACUCUUCUUGGAGACCCGCUCUUCAGCGCGUGGCUCAAGUACCUGGACGAGUUCAACUACAGAUUUCCAAGAUACGAGGACUCGGCGAUCUCCACGUUGCUGGACAAAUUCUCCAGUGUGUCGUUGCUCGAAAUGAUUCAAGCGGCGAGCAAGAACCCAAAAACGGAAGCCAUUGCCAAGCGGCUGGACACGGAGAUCGUGGAGAAGUGGUUCCAGAAUGGCAACACGCCGGGCAGCGUCUACAACCUGCUGAGGCUGAAUAAUGACGGGGAUAAGGUGCUCGAGAGCCCGUUUCUGCCCUCUUGGCUCAAGUUCACCGAGUAUUUUAACAGCAAACAGAUCCCCAAAGACCAAGUCAGCGCAAUUUCAGUAUUGAGGAACGAGUUCAAGGACGAAAUUUUGGCAAAGAUGCUCAUUGAAGCACACAAAAAGGAAAGCACGAAGAAGACGGCGUUCGACUUGCUGGGGGAUGUGAUGGGAUACUGGUUGUCUAAGAGGAGAAACCCAUCAAGGGUUUACGCCUGGCUUCGCCUGCAGGACAAGCCACGAAAUAAGGAUGUGGUCGAGCUCAUGCAGCAGUAUAUCGACUUGUUCACGAAGGCGACUAAGUAG